UUGACGUACGGUCGCUUGCUCCGUAUACGGGGAAAACAUUACUCGCUGUAUUUACCUGCCUGUCGACUGCGCCACAGUUACAUUUUUAGGAUGUCGCUCUAUUGCAUGAGUUUGUCCUCUUGUUCAAUUGUUCAAUUUCACGGGAGGAGAGAAGUGCCUCAAAAUGUGUACAGCGGGGUUAUACAUUAACUUGAGUGGACAAUCUCUUCUUGCGAAUGCGUCUCAAUCAUAUUGGCUUCUAUACCCCUGAGUGUCUCGCUUGUCUCGAAGCAAACAAACCAGACAAAUUUCAAGACUUGGAGCCUAAUCUAAGCGUUUUGUGGUGUUUAUCCAAGUCCAAGCGAUUGAUGGUACGCAUACAUCGCUUUUUCCGGCGGAACGAGGAAUUAAGGCAGAGCCAAGUUGCAGUGAUGGAUAAGGUUGAGUGUUUGAGUGCAUUCUGUCUCGAGAUUUAGGAGAGGAAGGAUUUUGUUAUUGGAAUCUGGUAGCUUGAAAAGAUUCUGACCAUUCUGUGGCCUGUUUGGAGUUCGCCAUUCCAAAGGACACCAUGUGGAAUUUCUCGGACUUUGAAAAUGAGACAUCGCAGCGGGAUGAUGAGGACCUGUAUGCCGUGUCGGACGGCGUGCGCAUCAUGCAAGCCACGGCCAUCGCCUUUUUGGGAAUUACGGGUGCGAUCGGUAACUUCUUGGUCAUACUGUCCAUCGCGACCACUCCGGAUCUCCGUACACUGCACAACGCUUUUGUGCUGAACCUGAGCGUGUCGGACUUUCUGCUGUCCGCCGUGACCUGCCCGUUAAAUUUUGCGAGUGUACUGCUCGACCGUUGGCCUUUAGGUUCGGUCGCCUGCCGGCUCUGCGUCCAGAUCUCCCUGGCCCUGAUGGGCGUGUCGCUGCUGACUCUGGCCGCGGUUGCCUCCAACCGCUACUUCCUCAUCUCCAAACCCCGCACCGUCUACGAGCGGUUCUGCGGCCGGAGGAAAGUCCUGGCCAACAUUGUCUUCAUGUGGCUGCAGGCUGUCAUCAUCGGCUUUGUCGUGGCCGAGUUUGUCGCCCGCGUGAAGACCGACUUCAACCCCCUCUUCGGCACCUGCGCCUUAGACCCGUUCCACCCAAGCACCUGGGUCUUCAUCACCGUGCUGAUCGUGCUGGUGAUUUUCACCUCCCUGGUCGUGAUCCCCCUGCAGUACUUUCUCAUGUUCCGCACCAUACGGGCCAGCAAGAGGCGAGUGCGGGGCGUCGUGGGUUCAACCGCCGUCUCGACAGCGGUUUCCUCCGGUACCAAUGACGCCCUGGCGUCGGUCGCCUCCCAGGGGGCAGUCGACCCCGACACCGCAUCAGUGCAACCGAGCAUCCACAAGCAUCGCCCGAGAAGAAAUAUCACCUUCAGCAAGGAAGAGAUCAGACUCGUCAAGAUGUCUUUCUUCGUCACUCUCCUCUUCGUCGUCUGCUGGCUGCCUCAGUCUCUCACCUACGUCCUCGGCCCGACAUACCCGGUGCUGUUCCGGGCGGCCAGGUUCGAGUUUUCCCUGCUUCUCCUGGGCCCCGCUGGGAAUCCAUUCAUCUACGCGUGGAUGAAUACCAACAUGAGACGAGCUUGCUUGAGGCUCAUCAAAUGCCAAAAAUGUAGAGGAUUGGCUCUCCACUAA